AUGGCUUCCACCGCCGCCCAAGACGAAUUUAACAAUCUCGUGAGCAGAAACGCAGCGCGCUCGAAGCUGCAUCCCGAAGAUCGCGACGACGCCAGUGCCAGUGACAGAGACCAGCAGCAGCGGCGGCGCAACGACGACAUCGACGAGGAGACGUACCAUCAGAGGGCCCAGAUCGACGCCGCCAUGCGCGUUCCCACCGGCGCGGCGGAGCUCAAGCUUCCCCCGGCCUCCUUCGACAGCGGCCGCACGACGGGGGUCAAGGGAGUCAUCGCCGACGCCCGAUCCUUCCAGGCGGCGCGCCAGAUGAAAUGGAUAGACCGUGCCCGGUCCGCUCGGAAGACCAUCUUCGGCGGCGCGGCGAGCAACGGAGCCAGGAGCGACAGCGAGACGGAUGACGACGCGCAGGGCGCCGCCAACCACUCGGACGAGGAAUCCUUCCUGCAGCAGUGGCGGGAGAGCCGGAGGCGGGAGCUGGAGAGCAGCUCCACCUCGGGCGUGCGCAACAGGCGGACGAGCCCGAGCGUGCGCGUGUACGGCCGGCUGGACGAGGUGGACGCCAUGGGCUAUCUGGACGCCAUCGAAAAGGUGCACCGCGAGGCAAAGGUCGUCGUCUUCGUCCACGACAACGAGUGCGCCGUCUCGGCUUCCAUCGAGGAAGCCAUCCUGCCGCUCGUCAGGGACCACCCGACCAUUCAUUUCGUCAAGGUUCACUACGACGACAUCGAGUUCGACCCCGCCGCCGUGCCGUCCCUGCUGGCCUACCAAAACCAGGGAGACCUCUUCGCCAACCUGACGGGCAUCAUCGAGAUGAUGCCCAACGACGACACUUUCGGCAGCGACGCGCUCGCCAAGAUCCUGCGCCAGCACAAAGUCCUGUAG